UCGCUGUCAAUAGUAUAUCAACGGGAGAGGACGUAAGGGACACGAGGGAGGGCGAAGACGUUACCUUAGAAUGCAGAUUUUCUCCUCAAACGUCAAGGGAGACGCCGACGUACUAUUGGGCGAGGAAUAAUAAACAAACGCACGAUAAUGUCGCCAUUGGAAGUGUUCCUUUGGAUAAUAACUAUAGAAUUAAUUACCAUCCGGAGAAGGGCAUCUACGACCUCCUAAUUUCCAACGCCAGCUACGACAGGGAUAACGGAAAAUUUGAAUGCAAAGUUAAGGCCGGAGGAUCCGGAGCUAAUUUACAUGCCCAGAGGUACGCCCUUACCGUGUUAACUCUUCCGCAACAACCCGCCGUCGCUCCCGGAACGCAUGUUACCGUAACAGAAGGUAAACGACAAGAACUGGCGUGCUCGAGCAUAGGAGGCUCUCCCGAUCCGCUGGUGCGAUGGUACAAGGAAGGUUCCACAUAUCCUUUGGAAGCGGCAUUAAAGAACGGCGGCUCACGAGAUCAGUCGACGACGGCGACGCUUCUUUUAACUCCUGGAAAGGACGACGACGGUGCCAUUUUCAGAUGUGAGGUCUGGAACAGGGCAAUGCCGGAGGGAACUAAACUUGAAACGGCCGUAACUCUUAGUGUCAACUAUUUCCCACGCGUCGAAGUCGGCCCAGAGAACCCUUUGAGGGUGGAGCGGGACUCUUCGGCGACGCUUCAGUGCUCGGUGGACGCCAAACCGAAAGUAAACGCGGUGCAAUGGACCCGAAACGGUCGGUUCAUCAGCAAUUCGAACAGUCACAUUCUGCACCGUGUCAGCAUUCAAGAUGCGGGCAAGUACACCUGCAGCGCCGACAAUAACCUGGGAAAAAUUGGCGAGAAGGAAAUCAUUUUGGAUGUGCUCUACGCUCCGGUGGUCACCUUGGACGCCAAGACCCAGGAAGCGGAAGAGGGCGAGGCGGUUUCGAUCAGGUGUAACGUGUCGUCAAACCCCAGCCCUACCACGAUCGAGUGGAUCAAGGACGGAAAACCAGACUUUCGGCAGUCCGGAGAUACAUUGCGAUUGAGCCACGUUAAUGCGGAAAAUUCGGGAACCUACGUCUGCAGGGCUGUUAAUGUUAUCACCCCGAGCUCGUUACCGAUUCGGCGCAAUGAGAAAAUCGGCAACGCCUCAAUUGCGUUACUAAUCCGGCACAAACCGGGAAAGGCGAGAGUGAUGCCGGACCGUCCGGUUGCAACAGAAGGAUCGCCGGUUACCUUAACGUGCACGGCUACUCCACCAGGUUGGCCAGCUCCACAGUACAGAUGGUUUCGGCCCGGAAACGACGGCCAGCAGACGGUCUUGGCCACGGGCACCAAGUACACAAUUCCUAAUGUUAACCUGAACAGCGAGGGUAACUACUACUGUCAGGCGACGAACGAACUGGGACACGGAGAGGUUGCCUCCAUUAACUUGGAAGUGCACCAACCCCCGAGUUUCAAGUACAAAUUGAAGCCGCUCGAAACUAAGCGGGUUGGUGACCCCAACUUUUCCGUUUCGUGCAGUGCCAAAGGCAAGCCUAAACCCGUGGUCAAAUGGUUGAAGAACGACGAAGAGCUCACCGCCGAUAUUAACAUGUACGAGGUCAAGAGCGAGAUGACAGAGAUUAGUAACGGCGCAGUUAAUGUACAGAGUGUUCUCAAGUUUAGUGGCAAGGCCAGGCCCAAUAACAACGAACUGAUCCCGCAGGACCGUGGCAUCUACACCUGCGCCUUUGAAAAUGAGGUCCGACGAGCAGAAUCGAGCAUGCACCUUCGAAUAGAACAUGAACCCAUCGUCAUCCACCAAUACAACAAGGUCGCGUACGACCUACACGAAACCGCCGAAGUCGUCUGCAAAAUCCAAGCCUACCCCAAACCCGAAUUCAAGUGGUACUACGCCCUAAACUCCUCCCCUCUGCUCUCCUCCUCCGAAGGCCACUACAUCAUCAACACAAGCGUCGACGACAACGACAUCUACACGAGCAUUCUUAAAAUAUCCAACAUAAAACCGGCCGACUACGGCAUCUACAACUGCCAGGUCAUCAACAACCUGGGCAGCAUCGAGGCGAAAAUUCGCCUGCAGCCCAAGGGAGCCCCAGAGAAACCCACCCAGGUGGCGUCGAUUUACACCGGUCCCAACUUCGUCACGCUAAAUUGGGAGCCGGGAUUCAACGGGGGAAUUUUCAACACCAAGUACUUUGUGUCGUACAAGAAGGCGACCGGCGGCGACGAUAACGCGGAUAAGUCGGUGGAGGGAUGCGGGACCGUGUCGCGCUCGACGGACUGGUCCGAAGUCGAUUGUCAGCAGAAUAUUCCGUGUAAUGUUACGCAUCUCGAUCAACAUCAAAUUUAUAAUUUUAAGGUAAAAGCUCUGAACAUUAAAGGAAACAGUGAAGAUUCUCAAGAGAUAAGUAUUACAACGAGAGUCGACAAAAUUCCUCUACCGCUACGCGUGGCUUACGAUCCUUCCUCUCACCGUCUCUCUGUGAACAUUCCGGUCACUUGCCUUCCACUGAUGGCAGUAGUGGAGACGAUAAGCAACGAACAUCUACCUUUGACCAACUGGCAGGUGGUCGACACCUUCGCCCUGCAAGUUUCUGGGUUGUCUCCCACGUACAAGGAGGCGAUCUUACAUCAGAUGACUUCGAGAAAUUACAAAGGAAUGGGUCGCUCGCUUGUCGAUGAGGAACCCAUCGGAAUCAAUGAUGAUUUCAACACGAGAGUUCGCGUAAAAUUCUGUUUGCGCACCCAUAACGAACACUGUGGACUGCCUUUGGAAGCGGAAUUAGGUUCGGCUUAUAUAAAAGAAGCUUCGGCCGUAACCACCUCGACCUUCAUCGCAAUUAUCGUCUCGUGCAUCGUAGGUAUCCUGUUCGUAGUGGUAUUGUUCAUGUUCUGCCGGUGCAAACGCAACCAGUCGAAGAAAUCGCAAUCUAAAGAUUACGAAAUGGACUCGGUGCGUCCAACCAUUAUGGCCCAACAGAACCAAGCGCCUCCCCCCUAUUACCCAUCGAACGGCAUGGAAAACAAGGCUCUCGAACACUCCUUGGAUUUGGCAUUGGCAAUGGAGGAUCCGAAGAAUUCCGUUUACGCAUCCCAAAACGGUUACGGUUACAUACCGAACCCCAACAUCCAAACCCAUCAGGUCAUCAACAAUGGCGAAUGGGCGAACGUCGGUUACAUGGACUCGAAUUACUCCAACUCGAACAACGGCGGAAGCGUCAACUCCCAGGACUCCCUGUGGCAGAUGAAGAUGGCGGCCGCGGCGAACAACUCGGCGACUCAGCUACAAAACGCUCACUUAGAUAGGCAAAAUUCGUACGGUUACGAUCCGAUUACGCACGGGGGGUACGGCGCCGUCGACGAUUACGCACCGUAUCCGCAUAUCACCACGCAAAGUAAUCACGGCGAUGAUUACAUGAGGAGUAGUAAUAAUCCGUCUCGACAGGAAUAUUGUAACGAUCCUUACGCCGCAGUUCAUAAACCGAAGAAACGAGUCGAUCAACAUAUUGAUUCCCCCUACCAUGACGUAAGUGGCCUUCCAGAUCCGUACCUAGAGCAGCUAGAGGACGAAAAACCGCCCCAACAUAUGUCUCUCAGUUACGAAGAGAGCCUCGAAAGCGGAUACUCGACUCCCAACUCGCGAACGCGAAGAGUCAUUCGCGAGAUAAUUGUGUAAGGAUGUGUCGCGCUUCGGUUCUUUCGAUCACUGUCCGUUCUAAAUGUAAAAGUUUCCUAGUGUAGUUAAUUUAAAACGUUUUUAUCUUCGUGUACCUGAUAAACAGUUAUUUCUGAUCGUACAUGUUCAUUUUAUGCAACGAAAUGUGAGUGUGUGUCUGUGUCGCGUGAAGGUAUGUGGACGUUGAAUAUACCUAUGCCAUAUAGCAAUAUAAUAAACAUAACUUUAUAAAUUGUGAUGAAUUUUGCAAUAAGUGAUUGUUGUGCUAUGACGCUGCAAUUUUUAAUCGUAAUUAUUUUUCAGAUUUUAAGUACCUUUUACCCACCCCCCGACUAGCUGUAACACUUCUCAGCCUCACCACUGAGAAAUAUUACAACUCGCAAAUUGUUAAAUUAUUAGUAGUUAGUUGUGCCAAAUUGUUAUAAAAGGUACUUAAACAUCUAUCCUUUCCUACUCUCAGUUGAUGUUUAGUUUUCGUAUUUUUAUACUUUAUGUAAAUAGAAUAUAAAUCCUAUUUUGUAUAGUGUAACGUUUGCUUAAAGUGUGCAAUUUUAAUGUACAGAUCAACAUAAGCAUAAGCAGUGUAUACAUGUUGCACAAUGUUAAAUGAGCCCGAGAAUUUUAUCAAAAAAAAAGCGAUUAGGUAGCAAUGAUCUCAAUGUAUCAAGAUUUUAAAAUACAAAUUUUAUUUUAUUUUUA